AACUAACUUCAUUGUGGAUUCAUAUAAUGGCACGAAAGAAAUAACGUGCAUGGCAUCUGGGUUUCCACCACCGACUGUUAAAUGGAUGAGAGGAAAAACUGCACUUCAUUCAACAUCAAACAAUAACCAAGAUAAAGUUGGACAAAAUUUAGUUUUAAAUCUAAAACAAUUGACAAUUGCAAACGAAGGACAAUACAAAUGUUUUGCAUCAAAUACAGUUGAACAAACUUUUUACGAGUUUUCACGAACCCUUAAUGUAAAAGUUCCAAGUCAACCAUCAGUUACAAACAUUACAUCGUCAUCUUGCAAUUCCAAUUUAUUGAUCGCUUGGAGGCCACAUGUACGUGGAGUUGGAAUACAACACAGAUUUGAGAUAAUGGAUCCUAUCAACAGCAACAAUUAUAAAAUUUACUCGAUGACGCCGAAUAAUUUCUCCAUGACGUCCAACGUGACAGGUCUGCAACCUUCGACAUCUUAUAUAAUUAAGAUUGAGCCAUGCUUAACAACUACGUCAACUUGCCUCAGCAAAUAUGCCACAAGCAGAAAUGCAACCACUGGAGGUCUACCCGGUCCUGUUACAAACCCAAGUCUGAAGAUGACUUACUAUGGCUCCUGCAAUAUAUCUUGGUCUACGGUAAUGAACCCGGAAUAUAUAUCCGGUUUCAAGCUCGUUAUAAGAUCAACAAAAGCCAAAGUGUCGUCAUACAAUAAAGCUGAUUUCAAUAUAAAUGAAAUAUUUCUGCCAUCUGAGAAAACCUCAUAUGUUCUCCCGAAGAUUUUCAAUAGAAAAUACAAUAUCUCUAUUCAAGCAAAAACAUGUGCAGGGUUUGGACCAUGGUCAGAGGCGGUGGGAGAAUGUGUUACCGAUACUAAUGCACCAUCCAACAUUCAGGCACCAACAACUAGAGAUAAAAUAACUAAUUCUGGAAUAAUGGAACUUUCAAUUAAAGGUCCAGAUGAAACAAAUGGUCCUAUAAGCAUUGGGCAAAACCGUUCGAAAAUAAGUCUUAUUCUUGGAAAUCGAGUAAAAACAAGGUGUGACGUAGACGGAAAAAACAACACUGGUAAUUCAAAAAAUACGUAUGCUGCAUAUAACAAGAGAUUGUCACUCUCUGAAACUUACAGAAUAUUUCUUGUAACCUCUACCCCAACUAAGGAAGGUGUUUCAUUUCGUGCUAGUGACGCACUCGUUAUUGGGAAACCGUUUGCAGAUGAGUGGAACACUUUUCUUGUUAUUGGUUUGGCCGUGGUGAUUUUCAUAUUGCUAGCAAUUGGAAUCUUUUUCACAGUCAGACGAAGAACAAAAUCUAACAAGAAAAUUGAUCAAGUAGUUCAAUAUCGGAACAAUGAACCAGCAGUUGAAGAAGAAGAAAUACCAAGCACAAAUGUUGCAUUUAGUUAUUUUGAAGAUUACUACAGGAAUCUAUUUCAUAAUGAGAAAGCAUUGUUUCACGAACAGUUCAAGAGAAUAAAGAUCGAAUCAAAAGCAAAUAUGAAAAGUACAACGUUCGCAUCUGCGCCUGAAUUAAAAAGGAAGAAUAGAUAUAAAAACAUAUUACCAUAUGAUGAAACUCGUGUUUGGGUCAAAGCUAAUGACACUGGAUACAUUAAUGCAUGUUACGUUAAUGGUUAUGCUAAAUCACGUAAAUACAUCGCAACUCAAGGUCCUUUACCAACAACUGUUGAUGAUUUUUGGUUGAUGGUCGUUGAGCAGGAAUGUAAAGUCAUUGUUAUGCUGGCAAAAUGUUUUGAAGCAGGAAAAAAAAAAUGUCAAAAAUACUGGCCAGAUUAUGGAAUUACUUCUAGUUUCGGAGUAGUUAAGAUUUUCAACUCGGAAGAAGUAAAGUAUUCCGGCUUUAUACGAAGAAGAUUUCAAGUAGAAACAAAUGAUGGGAAUAUAGCAAUGGAAGUAUUGCAAUACCAAUAUGUUAACUGGCCCGACCAUGAUAUACCAUUCACAACAUCGAAUCUUGUUAGAAUGCAUAAAGUUGUGAUUCAAUGUUUAGAAGAAUUUGGGGAUGAUACGCCAAUGAUUGUGCAUUGCAGUGCUGGUGCUGGUAGGACGGGAACAUUUAUAGGAUACGACUAUUUGCUCGAAGAAGGAAGAGAUACAGGAAAUGUUGAUGUAUUACAAUGCGUAUUGAAGAUGAGAUCCCAACGUGUCGACAUGAUACAAAAUUGCGAUCAAUACAUACUUCUACACAAGUUGAUUCUGGAAAACUACCUGUUUAAAAAUACUGAUUAUAAUGCACAGAAUAUUGGGCACAAAUUUCAAGAAAUAACAAGCCAUGAAAAACGAAGAGAGUUGCGUGAUGAAUUUGAGAAAUUGUCAUUAUUAGAACCUUUGAAAUCUUCUAAACUGAUGGGAAGACGUUAUGAAAAUAGGAGAUACAAUAUAUCAGACAAUGUGAUUCCUUACGAUCAUAAUGCAGUUGUUUUGAUAAUGUGCAAUAAUGAAGCAAGUGUGCCAUAUGUAAAUGCAUCGUGGAUAGAGACUUACGAUGAAAGCACAAGUAUGAUUGCAGCACAAGCACCGAUGAGCGAAGGAAUUCCAUUCUUUUGGAGAUCUGUAUUAGAUAACAGAGUUAAUACUAUUAUCAUGCUUGCUUGUGUUGAGGAGUGCAUUCAGUAUUGGCCACAUGAUGUUUGCGCUACGUUGAGCAUGGAAAACGUUUCUGUUACUUUGAUGGAAGAAAAUAUAAAUGGAUCAAUAUCUCGUAGAAUUUUUAAAGUGUUCAGAGGAAGCCAACAGACUCAUAUUACUCAAAUACAAUAUUCUGGCUGGAGCAAUGAACAAUGCCCAGAAGAUGGAAGCAUUGUAUUGGAUAUUAUUGGGGAGAUGCAGAGAAAUGCAAGAAGUGUGCAGGGAUCAGCUUGUCUUAUUCACUGCACCGACGGAGCUGGACGCACUGGAGCAUUUUGCACAAUUGCAAAUUUGAUAGAAAGAUUGAAACACGAAAAUAAAGUUGAUGUUUUCCGAGCAGUAAAAGAUUUGCGUGAUUGUAGACAAGGAAUGGUUCAGACUUUGGAACAAUACAAAUUUUGUCAUACUGCAAUCUGCAACUACAUGAAGUCGUUUGAGAUCUAUUCCAACUUCGAAAAUAAAUGACUGAAUGAUGUAUAUAUGUAUAAGCUGUAUAAUUAUUCUACUAUUUAACACACUCUUGUAUCUUAUUUCAUCAUGAGACUUCAGAGCCGUGAGCGCCAAAGCCUGAAAAUGACAAAUAACCUGAUUAAAAUUGAAAUAAAUCAAAAUAUGAAAUGAAGUUUGCAUCCGCCUACUACUACUAAUUUAUAGGUGGUGCGCUACUUACGGCCGCAUUUAAAACACCAAAUCAAAUACGUUUUACUAGUC